AUGGGUUACUCUAUGAGUAGACUGGAGAUUGAAUCUGAACUCUGUGAUGGUGGGAAGGCCAUUCCUGAGGUUGGUAGCAGCAAGAGAGCCGGCAAAUCAUUGAACAAGUUAGACCAUGAAAUUGCUCAGGUUACCAAGUUGAAAUCAGGGCCGCAUAAACAGCUGGCUGAACUUGUUCCUGGGAUGCGGGAAUUGUCUGUUUCCACUGUUAAAAUGUUGGCAGGUAGAGAAGCUAAUUACUCAAGAAGGGGAAGAUUCUCUGCAUCUGAUCGUUGUCAUAUGCUUAGCAGAUAUUUGCCUGUCAAUGGACCUUGGCUUGUUGACCAGAUGAGCACACGAGCCUAUGUCUCACAGUUUUCAGAGGAUGGUUCUCUAUUUAUUGCUGGGUUUCAGGGAAGCCAUAUUAGAAUAUACAAUGUGGAAAAGGGGUGGAAAGUCCAGAAAAACAUUCUUGCCAAAAAUCUGCGUUGGACUGUUACUGAUACAUCUCUUUCCCCAGAUCAGCGCCAUCUCGUUUAUGCUAGCAUGUCACCUAUUGUUCAUAUAGUUGAUGUUGGGUCUGCCAGAACUGAGUCUCUUGCAAACGUUACGGAGAUUCAUGAUGGAUUGGACUUUUCUUCAGAUGAUGAUCGGGGCUAUUCUUUUGGAAUCUUCUCUGUAAAAUUUUCUACUGAUGGACGAGAAAUUGUUGCAGGAAGUAGUGAUGACUCUAUAUAUGUCUAUGACCUUGAACAAAAUAAGCUCUCCCUCAGAAUUUUGGCACACACGUCUGACGUUAAUACUGUAUGUUUUGCUGAUGAAAGUGGGCACCUUAUCUAUUCUGGGAGCGAUGAUAAUCUUUGUAAGGCAAGUUAUAUUGAUUUCUUCUAUUGA